GGAAGCUGGGAGGGGGGGGGGCUUCCAGACUGGAUGGGCCCAACGAUGCCUUGAUGGAGCAUGGGCCAGGUUUUAGGAUUCUCCCACUGCCAGGAAUAUGGCUCUGUGGCAUCCACUCCUGACUCCACUCCCCCGUGCACUGAUGGUGGAAAUGAGGAGUCGGAGCUGUGUGAGCUGCAGACGGCAAGGGAAUGGUCUGACGAUGAUGAGGGAGUGAGUGGAGAUCCAGACGACGAUGAUGGAUUGGCCUCAUCUCCGUCCAUCUGGGGCACGCCACGACAACACUCUUUCGAGCUGACUUUCUCUUACAUCGCCAUCGCAGAGGCAGAAGCAGUGGGAGCCUCACGACACCUCCGUGAUCGGCGCAGAACUGGCUCUCGUGGAAGUCGCACUCCACUGAUCCGCACAGACACCCUAGAGACACUGUUGGACUCUCCUGACGUGGACUGGGACCCCCAAGCCUUCCUCAGUAGAGAGGAGGAAGAAGAAGCAUCUCAAAGGAGAGAAGAGGAGAGGGCGGCGGUGAGGAGGGAGCCACAGAGACAAACUGAGACUAUCACAAUCCAGCCCUCGCCCCAACAUCUGGACCAGGAAACUCAGGAGAGAGAAGCAGGAAUCCAAAGAGAGGAGCAGACCCAGACUGUCCAGACUUCUUCAUUGUCUCCGUCUUCCCAGGAUCAGAGUCCCUCACAUACACCGCAGGCAGCAUCAUCCUCACCGCUCCACGAGCCUGAGUCUCCCGUCUCCAGGGAAACCAUUUCAGUCAAGUUGCUCACAUCUGUGCGACCCCGAGGCCCGGCGUCUUCAUCACAAGCUGCCACCGGUCUAAACUCUCAGGAACAGUUGGUCAGCGAUCACUGGUUUUCAGCACUUAGCCUAUCAGAAGAGCCGACAGCAUGUACCCACAUAGCAGUGAUGGACCUGAUCUUCUGGAAGGAAACAGAGCGAACGGGCAUGGUGCUCACAGGGUUGGUGGUGGGCCUGCUGUCCCUGUUCCAGCUCAGCAUCAUCACCGUGGUCUCUACUGUCUCCCUGGCUGUCAUGUGCUUCACCAUCUCUGUGAGAAUCUACUACCAAGUCCUCUUUAUCCUCAGCUGGGGGGAUGGAGAACACCCCUUCAAGUCAUACUUGGACCUGGACAUCAGUUUCAGUGGAGAGGAUGCUGACCGCUACAUGCAGAGAGCCAUCGUCAUGUUUCUGUCUGCAGUGGACACGCUCAAGAGACUCAUCUUUGUUGGAAACCUCUUUGACUCCCUCAAGUUCCUGGUUCUGAUGUACCUUGUGACGUACCUGGGACGGCUGUUCAAUGGCCUUACUCUGCUCAUCAUCAGUGUGAUUGCUGUCUUCUCUUUGCCACUUUUCUACAGGCAACGUCAGGAGGAGGUGGACAGCUACAUUGCAAAAAUCCAGGCUCAGUAUGACAACAUCAAGGACAUCUUUCAAAGACUUGCCCAGGGCGGUGGCCCUCCUCCAGAUCCAACUCCUGGUGGCGCCAAACCCAAAGCUCAGUAAACACUGAUGGACAAGAACUUAGAGAAAAAGCUCCCAGAGUUACAGGCUGUCACUCAGAUGUCUUACCCAGCAGUCUGUACUCAGAGCUCCACAGCACGGAGCUCCAGAGACUGAAAAAAGGAAAGGGAGGUUACUUAAUGGACAAUGAUGAUGAAGAAGACGCAUGGUACUUUAUACUCUAACUGUAUAUGGGGUUGAAGGAUUUGGGGUUGCGGGGUUAAAGAUGAUGAAAUCAAGGUGUAUGAAUCCUGGAUGGGACUCCUGCUGCGGACAUCAGAGAUGCAUGGACGCAGCUCGUCAUAUUCUUGGAAAUAAUCACUGUUUUUAUGUUAGUACGACUCAAGAAGUGUCUUAGAUAGUGAAAGCUGUAGUCCAAAUGAGGUACUAAGACCAGGAAUGAGAAGUUCCCACACUGACAGCUACUCAGUGAAGAAAAAGACAUCAGAUAAGGUGAAAAACAGGGGUUUUCAUUAUUCAUGGCAGCAUAGACCUGGCAAUUAUGGAUGCAUGUGUCACCACAUGUACUUAUCUGAAUGCAUAUUCAUUCUCUUGACAGUUUAUGUGGGUAUGCAAGUGUGAGUGAGUCUGAGUGUGUGUAAUUCCUCACGUAUCGCUUGCAUUAUGAAAAUGUUACCUUUAAGCAAAUACAGACACUUUUCUUUUUAUUUUACCACAUUUCUGUUUCUUCUCAACCACGUGUUAGUCACAGGACUGUCUGUUUUUUUAAUCAUGUUUUCUUUCAUCACUUUCAUUACAAGGGGCAGCUCUCUUUCACUCAUGAUGUAAAUUGGAAAUUCAAACCUAAUAUCCAGAGAUAAGACAUUAUUCCUCUGCUACAGAUGUGUCAUAUCAAGAUGUAUGAUAAUCACAUCACUCAAACUUCCCCACUGAUCCUCUCUGAGCUUUUAUUGUGAAAAUUUCCAGCCUUGUGAAGGAAUGUGGGAGCGAAAUACAGCAGGUGCCUUUCUAACUGCAGGUUAUAGUGCAUGAUGUGAUUCACACGGCUGCUGACAACAGCUUACUUCUCCUCCCAUUGCCUUCCUGAGAGCAGUGUUUUGUAUGUGUAUAACUGUGCGAUAGAACAUGUGUGUCAUGACAAGGUAUCUUAUACAGAAUUGUAAGUAGGUCAAUUUUAGGAAUAAUAAAAUGAUUCAGGACA